AUGCUGGAUACAGAAGAAAUAGAAAGUAAUUAUUUCUUACAUUUGGAAAAUACACAGAAGAAACAAACACUCAAGGAGACUGAGCCUCCUAAGGAGGAAGAAAUUUUAGUAUAUCCUUCAUAUUCAUUACAAAAUUCAUUUUUAUCAACUAUUGAUCAUUUACCUUGUGAUAUAGUUCGAUCAUUAUGGUUAAUACAAUCGAUAAAUAUUAAGAUAAAUACAUAUAGAGAUGAAUUAAGUGAAAUAUUAACAAAUUAUAGAGAAACUAAUGAAAUACUGGAUGAUAAUUUAUCAAAAGUUUAUAAUUUAAAACAAAUUAUAAUACAAUUAUCAAAUGAAUCAAUUCAAGAAUCACAAACAUUAAAUAAUCAAUUAGUAACUCAUAAAUUAUAUUUACAUGAUGAAAUAAAGCAAUUGAAUUUAAUUAAAGAUAAAAAAACGAAAGUAAAAGACGUGAAUAAUUUUAAAAAAUAUAAUUCGUUAAGAAAUCAAUUAAGACAACAUUAUAUGGAAAAUCCAUUAAAAUCUCAAAUUGAAGCAAUAAAUGAAGAUAAAGAAGAUGAAAAUAAGAUUAAAAAAGUUACAACAACUACUAAAUCUGGUUUAAAAUUAAUUUUAAAAUUACCAAAACAAGAUAAAAUUACAAAACCUAUAAUUAAUGGGGAAAAUACAUUGAUUAAAAAAGGGCGUACUAAAUUAAAAACUAUUAUAAAACCAAAAUUAGAAGGAAAUGAAGCAAAAAAGCAACAAAUAAAACCAAUUAAAAAAAUUAAAUCUGAAGCUCAAAUUGUGGAAGAACAAAAAGAAAAUAUUAUAGAACCUCAGUUAGGUGUUUCAGAAUUGGAACAAACUUAUUGUUUUUGUCAUCAACCAUCAUUUGGAGAUAUGAUAUCUUGUGAUAAUGAAAAAUCAUGUCCAAAUGGUGAAUGGUUUCAUUAUAAAUGUGUUGGAUUAUUAAAUAAAGUUGAAGCUUUAAAAUAUACAACUGGAAAAUUACCUUGGUAUUGUUCAAAUUUUUGUAGAGAAAUUGGUGAAAAAGAAAGAGCUAAAAAAUUAGAAAUACAAAAACGGAAAAGAAAACGUAAAUGGUAA